AUGACCUGCUGUGAGGCCUUCACGUCCUGCAAUGGGUUCGUCCUCCUGUCCCUUUGUAUCAUCGCCAUGGUGCUGAACCUGGUCCCCAUGUUUGCGGAUUAUGCUAUGGACGGCUUUCUGUUCCGCCACCCUGUCUCCUGCUUCGAAUGGUGGCUGCCAGGCUUGGUGGGAGGUGGGAUCCUGAUGCUCAUGUCAGCCUGUCUGUGCGGGCUUGGUGUUAUUGGCGCCCUCUACUGCCUGCUUGUGAGCUUUUAUGCUUUGGGCACUGGGCCUCUGAGCUGUGAGGGAACUGAUGCCGGCCUGUCGAGCUGCAAUUUCACAAUCAACGACAUUGGGUCUUUGGCCCAGAUGGACUUUGACAUCACCUGGUACUUCAAUGAGAACGGCUGCUGGAACAGAACCGGGGACGGCACACAGGGGUCCCGGAUCCUGGGGAAGGUGGAGCUUGACCUGGACAACUACCAGCUGGUCAACCUGCACCUGGUGACCUUUGCAGGGCUGGCAGCUGUGGGCCUGCUGGAGGUGCUGUUCAGCCUGCUUCAGGCGCUGGCUGGACUCUGCGGCUGCCUUUGUGGAACCUCCAAAAAGAGGCGGUAA